AUGACAGGUAAACCUGUCACCUCCAAGGCUUUUACUGGAGAAGAGACUAACAAGGCUAAACUUGCUCCUGCAAAGCACACUGAAGAAGAAGCUAUUAAAACUAAGCUUCCUCCCCCCCCUGCCAAGUCUGAAGGAAAGUUAUGUACUGAUGAUGAAGCCAAAGGCAGAGUUGAUCCUGCAAA